AGCAUAUACUCCUCCUGAUUCGCACUCUUCCUCCUCUUUCUCAAACCUUCACUCUCAUUCUCUCUAACUCUACUCUCUCUCCCCCACACAAAUUUACUGGAUUACAAAUUACAGAAAUUUUACUAUCAAAAUGACAAUUCAGUUCUUCACCUUACACUCAACAAGAGGAGAGAGAAAAUAAAGAGGAUAUUUUUAAUAUCUCUGUUUUCUUACUAACAUUUAAAAAGCUUGGAACUUUGAAGGAAGAAUGUCGUCAAUGGCGGCGGUUUUGGCUUACUACCCAUCUCCGCGUCCGCUUCUAGAAACUUCCCAUGUCUUUAAUUCACGUUUACCGAAGCUUUCAAGCCGCUUUAAUGGCGGUCAGAGUGUGUUUUCUCGCAAAAGGGUUCUUCUUUAUGAUGCCCAUCUUUCCAAAUUAUCUUUUUUUCGUAUCAGAAGCUUUCAACCAGAGGAUGCAGGGGUUGGUGAUGCUGCAAGUAGUAGUGAUUCCUUUAUUGAAGGUGCAAGGGUGAAUGAGGAGUUGUUCAGCGGCCCGAAAGAUAAUGGGAAUGGUAGUUCAUUUUUGGCAAAAUUGGCAAUCGGCGUUGGAGUGGCUGCAACUGUCACUAUCUUGUCUAUUUGCCUCAAGCAGCAAAAUUUGGGAUCUUCCCUUGGAAUUGAGAUUCAGCGUCUGGCUGAUGUUUCAUCCUCUACAAGCUUAGUCACAUCAACUAUUGGUUUCUCUUUUAAAGCAUUUGGUUACAGAGUUGUGCUUCCACAGUAUGCUCCGGGGUGGAUCUACUUUUGGUUGCUCAUGGCUGCUGGAUGUGGACUUUUCAUCAGUGAAGAGGCUUUAAAUAUAUGGGUUGGCAUAACAUUGGCACGGAAGCUUUGUUUGGAUGGUACAUGGCAAUCUUUUGCUGCAUCGUUCUCCAGCAAUGCACCAUACAUAAUUUCUACGGUUCUAUGGGUAUACUGGGGAGUUUGCAUCAGUGAUAUGAUACCAUUUUACCUUGGGAAGCUUUUCAGACAGUCAGGAGCUUCUGAUGAUUUGUAUUCAAAGGUAGGGGUAGGCAAAGAGAAGGUUAUGAACAUUGCAAAUGCUGUUAAAAGAUAUGGCAAUCUUAGUGGAUUUGUUGAACGAUUCUCUCUUGGAGUCAGAAAUCCAACGGCAUUCCUUGCAGGAGCCAUGGGUGUUUCUCCUGAGUGUUUCUUUGCUGGUGUCUGCUGUGGUGGAUUGAUCACCCUACCUGUUCAGUUGUCAAUUGGGUUUUUAUUAAGAGAACGCCCUCUUUUUGCCGUUGCUACUGUUGCUACUGUUGUGGGUAUUUGGACUAUAUUUCCUUGUGCUAUUGCCGCUUCAACAGCAUUGUUUUUCUAUUUGCGGCAGAGAUAUUCUUCUUCAUAAGCCUUUCCAGAAUUGCUCAAGUACCCGCGACAUGACCGAACAAUGUCAAUAUUCAUACAACUCAUCCUGGCAUAUUUUGAAUCCAAAUAGCAGAAUGACUGGCCUCAAAUACAAAUAGGGUAGAAGAGAAUACCAAAACUUAAUCACAGAAGACUCUUCUGUAUGGUCAUUCAAUCAUUCUAUUGAUUUUUACCCCUCUAUGAUUAUAUAUAUUUAUUGACUGCGGUAGAGGGUGGUAUAUAGCUUGGCUGCCUGACCCAGAAAAUUUUAGUGCAAUUAUAUAUUCACUCAGUAAUUCAAUGAAUAAUCUUUUACUGUAUUUCAUGAGUGGGAAAUUAGGUGGCUUAGAUGAUAGUGACUUUUGGGGAUCAUGACAUUAUGAUGGUAAUGUAAUCGAGCUGAUAGAGCAUUCAGAAUGAAUACUUACAGCUCUUGUUUGUUACAUACGAAGUUGCAUAAAGUUGAUCUCUCUAACCUUGUAAUCAAUUAUUUUAAUAUGGAUUCUAUUGGCAUGGAUAUAUAUGAAAUAGAGUUUAUAAACAA